AAAGCUAUACUGCUAUUUGAAAUUAGAAUUGUACAAUGGCGUCCCGGAUGUGAUUUGUGUGUGUUGCAUUUGCUUUGUUAGUCGGGAAGUUAAUAAAUCUACCGUUGUUGUUAAUACAUACCGUGGUUAUUGCUGCUAUUACUUUAGUUUCGUGUGGUGACUUUAAUAGCAAUUAUUUAUUCUAAAGAUAAAAUAACGCUGUAUGUAUAAAUAAAUUGUAUCACGGCACUAACGCAGCGAGUUAUAACAAUAACUUAUCACUAUCAUUUAGUAUCAGUCAUGAUUCAGUGAUUACUGUGUCAGUUCUAACUAAGAUUGAAAGACUGGCUUAAGAUUAAGUUAUAACUUGUACUGUUAUAGGUUAAAGUUAAAACUUAAAUCGUGUGUCGGUCUUAACUAGUCUAAGAUUAGGCUUACCAGACUAGGGGUUUUUGAGAUUGAUGUUUAUUAAAAGCGAUACAAUACAGUUUACUAAAAAUUACUAUUACUAAGAUGGUUGGGAAAAUUGAGGGAAGGAUGGAUUCCUCAGAUUCUUCACUUUCAGGUGUUAAGGCAUGGAUUUUUGAACAUGCUUGUAAACAUCGUAUGCAAAAAGUUAUUAGGGAAAUUCUUACCCAGGAGAUGAAUGGUUUGGUCAAUCUAGUCUGCUACAGAGGAGGACCAACAGUGAACAAAGAAUGCCAGCCUCAAACAGCAUUUUUAUUUCUGACUUUUUUGGAAAUGUUCCAACAAUCUCUGAAUAAACCACAUUUCUUCAGUUGUGAAAAGGUACAACUGGCAGAUAUUCCAUGGGAUCCUGAUGUAUUGAACAUGGUUGUGGAGCUUCUAGAAAGUCAACAUAAUGUGUUCCAUUUUGUGUCUUUGAAACUUUUUAGCAACCUUAUGGCUGAGCUAAAAUUAAUGGAACUUAUAAGAUUACUUCUGACAGAAUUGGAUGCAUAUAGUAUUGUACAGAAAUUGAACCUGUUUUUUCCUCGUUGGGAUGAAAAGUACGAGAAACAAGUGGAAGAAACUUUCAAACUGAAGGAGAAGAAUAAGAUUUUAAUAAACCUACAAACCAGUCACAACAGAUGUCGACGUAUGUUGUUACAACUCCUUUUAAGUGUCCAUAAGCGACGUGCAUACAUCUUAUCAUCCAUGACGGAAGAUCUUAAAUCUUUGGCAAGAUCAGCAGUCACACAUGUGGGAAAAGUUUUGAAGUUAAUCAGAAGAAAUCUUCCUCAUACAGCUAUUGAACAGAUCCAAUUCACUGCCAAGGAAGACUUGGCUGGUUCUAGUGAUCCAGCUAUCCAGAUUCUUCUGGACCAUCUGACACCAGACAUAUCAGAAGCUGAAUUUUUAACUUUAAUAAAAAAUUUGGGCCAUCAAGAUAUGGGUAACAUUUCUAUCAUGUCCUGCCUUGAUCCACUUGCCGAAAUACCUUCCUCAUCUCAGGACAACCAUGCGGUUCCUGUCAGUGGUCCCCCUAUUUCUGAAGUAGAAAGUCCUUUCAGGCCAGCAGAAUCUCAACCAUUCUUCUUUGAAACUGAAGAAGUCUGUGGUUUGUCUGAUCGUACAGAACCAGCAACACUUAGUGAUUUUGAUGAUCACCAGUUGGAAGUCCAAGAGAUGCCACAUCAAUUUGAGGAUGUGGAAAUUGUAGAAGAUUCCACUUCAGAAGAUGAGACCAGUAUCUCUCAGGAGAAUGAUUCCGUUUCAACAUUACCUGAUCUUGAAAGUCACCUUUAUCUGUGUGAAACAACAACGAGGCCAUGUAUAGUCAAACUCCACUAUGAAGGAACUUUAGAAAAUGCUGGUGUGCAGUACAAGUUAUACCAGUGAAGUUUUGAGAAAACUCAAGAUGUUCCUGCACAAAGGAAAUUU